AUGAGAGUGAUUCUCUUCUCACUGAGCGCCUUCGUGUUCUACGCGAUUUUCUACUUCUCCUACGCCAAUGGACUGGACGAGCUAGGCAAACAGGCCGUGGCUUCCGGCAAGCUUCCAGGCCUCAAUGAGCCCCUGCGCACCGUAUACACGGGCGUUGAGCCCAUCGAUCGCCUCCUGACACUGCUCACUACCUUUUUCUAUCCGGCUCUGGAUGGACAAAGCCCCACGCUCCUGCUUCACAGUAUCGGGUUCUCCGGCACCUUUGGAGCGGCUUGGACGUUGGUUGUGCUGGAAUCGUGGCGCAAGGGCAAUGCCGGCACCGUCGCGGCCUACCCUGCAAUCUUUGGUCUGACGGCUCAGGUGCUGACCUUUGCUUUCGCAACUCCCUUGCUCUGCGCCCUCCAGUUGGGAUGCUCCGUCACCGCGCGCCGCCCCCACGCCGAUAAUAUCCGUGUGCCCCGCGUCGUGCUGGCGGUCCUGCCAACCGUGUUUGUGGUCGGGUUCCUAGUCCCAACUAACUUGAUGGUUCUCCCCGCGCCAUCCGUGAUUCCUGUGGAUUGGAAGCAGAUUGCGAUCGCAUCGUGGCACCCUUGGCCUGCAUAUGUGUCCAUACUUACAACAGCCUCUUACUACGUGCUUGGCCCACUCUUCACGAAUAACCAACGUGCAUCGAUUUCAAGCUUGCGAUGGGUCUACGCAUCAGCAUUUAUUCACGCAGGACUCAGCCAUCUCGUUACUUUGGUUGUUUCUGUUGCGACGGUUGUGGCUCCUGCGGUGUUUGAUGCUAGCUACGCUGAUGCGCUUCAUCCGUCCAAGGUGUAUUCGUUCCCUGUUCCGUGGUCCGGAUUAAAGGUCGAUACGGUGGCUGAUGGUGUGCAUGUCUUCUUGCGUUGGGACUAUAUGAUCGGUUCGGCUGGAAUUUUGCUGUGGGCGUUGAAGCUGCACACUGUUGCUCACAAGCAAAUCCUGAGUUCGGUUUCUUGGACGGGCCUCCUCUUCAAGGUUGGCCUUUUGACGGCUCUUACUGGACCGGCUGGUGCUGCGGUGGAGUUGAUGUGGGAACGUGACGAGCUGGUCUUUGCUGAGACUGGCUCCAGGCAACAAGUCACAAAGGUCAAGAAGUCCUCCUAA